CCGAACACGUCUAAAGACGUGUCGAGGUCCCCGGGGCAAGUGUUGAUGAUGGAGAGGCUCCUAAAUAAGUGGGGAUUAGGUGGUUUAGUUGCUGUGUUUGAAGGACAUAAGUGCUAUUCUGGAAAAGGCUGCUGGUGGCCAGUCCAUUCUCAGUGAACUUGAAGAAGGUGGACCACAAAGUGCCUCUAACAGACGAAGAAUGGUGAGAAUAGUUGUAUCCCACCUCAUGGAGAAAUAUGGAAACAAACCAUCUGCUGAACAGAAGGUGGGCAUGGCAAUAUCCAUGAUUCAACAAUUUCCAGCACUGAAAGAUGUUGAAGGACCUGGUUAUGAAGCAUGGUAUACACCAGCAGUAGAGGGUGAACAUGCAAAGGGCUUCAUCGAAGAAAGGUUGAAAAAUGUGAGAAAGAGAAUGCCAAAGCAAGGGUGGACAUCUUUGGAACCUUCAAGUUCAAGUGAGGAAAACCAGAAAGAACCAUCAACCAAGGAAAAAAUUGAAGAACUAAAAUCUAAAGAAAAAGAUAUGGAGCCGGAGAACUUGGAAGAAAUGAAGCAAUGGCUUCAACAUAAUAAUAGCCCUAUCCCUAAAGUGGUGGAAUUCAUGAAGAAGACUGCACUGAAAAGACAAGAAGAAAUUCACUCAGAGAAGAAAUCUACCGUGCAUGACAUCGAGUUGCAAUGGUCUCGACUCUUUGAGGUCCCUAACAUGAUAGAUGGUGAUUUCAGAGCAGUUCAUGGGGAUGUGUCUGACAGAUUAAUCAUGAAAUGGACUCAAGAACUGGCAAAAAAACUACUGCAGUAUGGAGAAAAGCAAAGUCCACAAGUGCAAGCCGAUGAUCAAAGUGCACAGGAUGCAGGUCUGACAGCACUGCCCUUGAUACUGCCUACAGGAAAACUGUCAAACGCAAAGAAAUCCAGGGCUACGGUGAAAGAAGCAAUGGAGUCCUUCAUUGAUUUUCAGCCGAUAGGGACAAACCUCCCUCAAUACUUGGAUGGACUCAUGUCAAAGAGGCGGCAACCAUUUGUCCUGGCCCUUGGCCCACAGAAAGCGCCAGCACAAUAUUUUGCUGUGGUUGAGGGCCGUGCCCUUAAGCAAGACAGCCUUCUGAAGGCUGUUGAUGUGUGUUUCAAGUUGUUUUAUGUACUUGACCUGGAGUAUCCAUCUGCGUGCUAUACUACAUGGGAGUUUAUUCAAAGAGUUCUGUACCAGGUAAAUGCCAAAGACAGGAACACCUCCUCCUGUGUGAGGUCAUUAAGGACAUAUGUCCUUCAUACUUAAUUUUCAACCAUUUAAUGGUCAAUGUCAGUUCAGCAGAACUCAAAAUUCUGAUAUGUCUCCUAAUUUGGAUAUGUCUGUAUGCCAUGUAUGAAAUUCAAUACUAAAAUGGAUUUUACAAGUUCAGGUAUCGAGGUACGUCAAUUCCUCAAGGCAGCAGCUCCACGUGCGUACUUAAGCAGCAUCUUCAAUUGCUUGCGUGUGUACGCAUGCGCCUUUAGGGUUCCUUUGUGACAUCAGAUAAAUGCGUAUCAAUUUCACUGCCUAUCCUUUUCAAAUCUAUUUUAGUCAUUCGUAUACAGGGGGGUACAAAGGGUAUCCAAAUUCCAAUACCACAUUUUGAUUUUAAAUUUUGCAAGCAACAAAACAAACAAAAUUGCAAAGUGGCAAGUAUGCCAACAUUUUCAUUUUGUCUGCUAAAUACCUCUGCGUUUUAAAUUGUAUCUCUGCAAAUUAAUGCUAGUGGCUUUAGAAGAUGGGUUUGUGACAAAAAGCUCAAACUUGUCAUUUUUGUGGCAAAUUAUGUUUUUUUGAUCAGUUAAAUUUAUAGACUAGGUUUAAGCCAAAAUGUUUGCACAGAUAACAUUUAAUGUACAUAAGUUAAUAUAUAGCAGACACAUUAAGCAAGUUUUGACAUAAUUACCACUGUGUGAUAUUGUUUUCUUGACAUUAAUAUUCUGGUAGCAGAAUUCAAAGACCUUAGCCCUCAUUCAUUAUACUAUGCCAUUCAUUAUACUAUGCCAUAACCAAGGCGCAUAUCCAAAUUGUGAUUCGUAUUUUGAGUUCCGCGAGUUGAUGUUAUUUAUACCACUGGAUGUACUGAACUACAUAGGCCCUUCAAACUAGAAUUUAAUGAAAAUGAAAAUAAUAUGCUGAACUGCAUACUUAUCAAUGUUUAGCUUGGGAUCAUUGUACUAACCUUGGUGUGAUUGUGAGAGGAGAGGGUGGCCACUCAUGUGUAUACUUUCAAAAAUGACCCCAAGCUAGGAUUCACCAACAGUGGUCAAAUUUACCCCAAACAAGGAUUUUAAUUGACAAAAAACACCCCAAACAAGGGGUAAAAUACCAUGUGAUCACAAGGUGUGAUUGCGCCAGUGAAAUGACUAAAAUCUAUGAAUAAGUGAUGUAAUGUGUGGUAAUUGAGUUGUAUUGCCUUUUUACAAUUGAAGUGUUACAAAUAGCAAGUUUUACUUUUACUGAUGGAAUUAUAAUUGUAAUGGGUAAACAGGAAUGCAGGUGAUAUGCAGCUUUUCUUGGGACAAUUCAUGUAAUAACAUAUAGGUGUCAGAUGUGGUGUAUCAUAUGCGUGUGUAAAUGCCAUCAUUCCAUGUGAAUCUGAUGCAGACACUUUGUAGAUGGCAUACAGAUCUUCAAUAGAGAAGAUUCAUCUUGACAAAACCAAUAUCAAUUACUGACCUGACAGUUUCGGCCAUCCUGGUCGAAAGCCAUCUUCUCUAGAGGGCGUUCCGACGAGAAUCGGAUCAUAACUGUCAGGUCAGUAAUUGAUAAUUGGUUUUGUCAAGAUGAAUCUUCUCUAUUUAUGAUGUCAAUGCAGUCAAACCAGAUGAAUUUAUUCAAGAAAAAAGCAUACAGAUCAGAUAUUUGGCCUACUACCACAUCAUUGAUCAAUCAAGGUCAAUUAUUUGAAAAGCAAAUUAUAAAAUCUGUAAUGUCUUAAUAAUGUUAGAAAAUGCUUCAGUGCUUUUCAAUUUGACAGUGUACUUUUUAGGAUCAAAUUUUAAAUGUUACCACUCUUGUAUUGCUAUUUAGUGUUUUGGAAGCAUCUAAUAUGUUCUUUAUAAAUAAAUUAUUUG